AUGGACAUCAAUGCAAUUACUAACAACGCAAUAGUGCACAAGCAGGUAUACAGAGGCCACGGGUCGUCGGCAGAGGAACAGCCUCUGUCCGUGUCAUAUCCGGCCACAGAGGUGGUCGGCCACGGAUCGUUUGGCGUCGUUUUCACGACGCAAAUCGAAGAAACCCGCGAGAAAGUGGCCAUCAAAAAGGUGCUCCAGGACCGGCGGUUCAAAAACCGCGAGCUAGAGAUCAUGAAGCAGCUCCAGCAUCCGCAGAUCAUCGAUCUGCUCUACUACUUCUACGAGACGGACCCGCAGGGCGAGGUGUAUCUGAACCUGAUCCUGGAGUUUAUGCCGCAGUCGCUGUACCAGCGACUGCGUCGUUUCGUCGCGCAGCGCUCUAACAUGCCCCGUCUCGAGAUCAAGCUCUACAUGUACCAGCUUUUCAAAAGCCUCAACUAUCUGCACACGUGCGCAAACGUGUGCCACCGCGACAUCAAGCCCCAGAACUUGCUCGUGGACCCAGACACGUUCGCGCUGAAGCUGUGCGAUUUCGGCAGUGCCAAGCAGCUCAAGCCCUCCGAGCCCAACGUCUCCUACAUCUGCUCGCGCUACUACCGCGCGCCGGAACUGAUUUUCGGCGCCACCAACUACUCCGUGCAGAUCGACGUGUGGUCGAGCGGAUGCGUCAUGGCCGAGCUGCUGCUGGGCCAGCCCAUGUUUCCGGGCGAGAGCGGCAUCGAUCAGUUGGUCGAGAUCAUCAAGAUCCUGGGCACGCCCUCCAAACAGGAGAUCUGUGCUAUGAACCCCAACUAUAUGGAGCACAAGUUCCCUCAGAUCCGACCCAUCCCGCUUGCCAAAGUGUUCAAGCGUGAGGACCCACAGACGGUCCAGUUUUUGGCUGACGUGCUGCGCUACGAUCCCUCCCAAAGGUUUUCCGCCGUGCACUGUCUGACGGCCCCUUACUUUGACGAAUUGUUGACGACGUCCGACUCAGGUCUCACCAGCAUCGUGAAGGCGUUGCGUCUGCUCGAAUACGACGACAAGACCGAACUCGGUUUUUUGAGCCCGCAAGAGCUCUCCGCUUUCAAAGCGCAUCUGAGUGCAUGA